UCUGGGCUCAGGGGCGUCGCGGGUGCUGCCGGAAAGGGCAUACGUGCCAGAAGCCAGGUCCGGGACCGCGAGAAUGGCAGUUCAGCAAGUAUUCCCACUUUCCGGUGUGGUGCAGCAGUAUGCCUGGGGGAAGAUGGGUUCCAACAGUGAAGUGGCUCAGCUGCUGGCCAGCAGUGACUCACUGGCCCAGAUCUCAGAGGACAAGCCAUAUGCAGAGUUGUGGAUGGGGUGCCAUCCCCGGGGAGAUGCCAAGAUCCUUGACAAUCGAAUCUCACAGAAGACCCUAGGCCAGUGGAUUGCUGAGAACCAGGACUGCUUGGGUGCAAAGGUCAAGGACACCUUUAAUGGCAAGCUGCCCUUUCUCUUCAAAGUGCUCUCGGUUGAAACUGCCCUGUCCAUCCAAGCACACCCUAACAAGGAGCUGGCAGAGAAAUUGCACCUCCAGGCUCCACAGCACUACCCCGAUGCCAACCAUAAGCCAGAGAUGGCCAUCGCCCUCACCUCCUUCCAGGGCUUAUGUGGUUUCCGGCCAGUUGCGGAAAUUGUGACAUUCCUGACAAAAGUGCCCGAGUUCCAGUUUCUAAUUGGAGAUAACGCAGCCGAACAGCUGAAGCAGAGCCUGAGCCGUGACUCCCAGUGUGUGGCCUCCGCUCUGCGGAGCUGCUUCUCUCAGCUGAUGAAGAGCGAGAAGAAGGUGGUGGUGGAGCAGCUCAACCUGUUGGUGAAGCGGGUCUCCCAGCAAGUGGCUGCUGGAAACAACAUGGAGGACAUCAAUGGGGAGCUUCUGCUGUGGCUGCAUCAGCAGUAUCCAGGUGAUAUUGGAUGCUUUGCCAUCUACUUCCUGAACCUGCUUACCCUGAAACCAGGAGAGGCCAUGUUUCUGGAGGCCAAUGUGCCCCACGCCUACCUGAAAGGAGACUGUGUGGAGUGCAUGGCGUGUUCAGACAAUACUGUCCGUGCUGGCCUGACACCCAAGUUCAUCGAUGUGCCAACUCUGUGUGAAAUGCUCAACUAUACCCCCAGCAAGGAUAGGCUCUUUCUUCCAACACGGAGUCAAGAAGACCCCUACCUCUCUAUCUAUAACCCCCCUGUGCCAGACUUCACCGUCAUGAAGAUGGAGGUCCCUGGCUCCAUCACUGAAUACAAGGUCUUGGCAGUGGACUCGGCCAGCAUCCUACUGAUAGUACAGGGAAGAGUGACAGCCAGCACUCCCACAGCCCAGACCCCAAUCCCCCUGCAGCGUGGAGGGGUGCUUUUCAUCGGGGCCAAUCAAAGUGUCUCACUGAAGCUCACUGUGCCUGAUGACCUGCUGAUGUUCCGGGCCUGCUGCCUGCUGUAGAGACCACAGCCUCUCUGGCUCUCCCCUGACAGUCCUAAAUCCCAGCCAGCCUCUCUCAGGCCCAGCUCAAACCCCUCCGCUGUUCUGGAAUUGGGGGGGUCCUGGAAGAGCGAGGGGUUGGGGGUAGAGUAGGGAACUUGAAGGUGGUGACUCCUGAGCAAGCCUAAGACAAAGCAUCUUUCUCUUGGAAAGAAGGACCCUGGUGAGAACUCAGAGCUGGCACUCCCCUUGUAGUCUCACCGUACCUGAGCCAGGCUCUCCUCAAGGCAGGAGGCAGCAGCUCUGUUCUGGCCUGUUAGGCAGGCUGGUAAAGCCUAUUAUCUCAGCAUCACUCACAGCAAGAGGAAAGGUGACUAAUUUCUAAGAACAGGGUUCUGGCCCUGGGACUGUCCAUUUCCUCAAAUGCAAAGAGUAGGCCUGUGGACUUACAUUACUCAUUGUCACCCUGACUCUGUCAAAGUAAUUAAAGAUCAUUUGUGUUGAA